AUGACAGGGAGGAACAAUGUCACAGAAUUUGUCCUCCUGGGCCUCAUUCAGGAUCCUGAUGUGCAAAAAGUACUAUUCAUCCUGUUUUUACUCAUCUACAUUGUGACAAUGGCUGGCAACUUACUUAUAGUGGUGACCAUUACUGCCAGCCCCUCCUUGGGCUCCCCGAUGUACUUCUUCCUUGCGUACCUGUCACUCAUGGAUGCUGUGUAUUCCACGGCCAUCUCACCCAAGAUGAUUUCAGACUUCCUCUGUGAGGUAAAGACGAUUUCCUUUCAAGCUUGCAUGGUCCAACUGUUCGUUGCACACUUAUUUGGAGGUGCUGAGGUGUUCCUUCUGGUGGUGAUGGCCUAUGAUCGCUAUGUGGCCAUCUGUAAGCCACUGCACUAUUUGACCAUCAUGAAUCGUAGAGUUUGCAUCCUCCUGUUGCUGGUGGCCUGGGCUGGAGGUUUUGGACACUCGAUUGUUCAAAUUGGUUUUGUGUACAGCCUCCCCUUUUGUGGCCCUAAUGUCAUCGACCACUUCAUCUGUGACAUGUACCCACUGUUGGAACUUGCGUGCACCGACACCUAUGUCGUAGGCCUCACUGUGGUUGCCAAUGGUGGCGCCAUCUGUAUGGUGGUCUUCAUUCUCCUCCUCAUCUCCUAUGGCAUCAUCCUGAACAAUCUCAAGACUCACAGUCAGGAGGGGAGGCGCAAAGCCCUGUCCACCUGCAGCUCCCACAUCACGGUGGUUGUCCUGUUUUUUGUUCCCUGUAUCUUCAUGUAUGUUCGACCGGUUUCCAACUUCCCCAUUGACAAAUCCUUGACUGUUUUCUAUACCAUUGUCACCCCCAUGCUGAAUCCUUUGAUCUAUACCUUGAGAAAUACAGAGAUGAAAACUUCCAUGGGAAAACUCUGUCAAAAAAUCCUACUGCAUUCAUGCAACCUUAUUAAAUUAUUUCAAAAUUGGAAAACCUAUACUUAG